AACAAAUUGGUCCCCAAAUCAUUUUCAGACAAUUCCAGGCCACAUCUGCUUUGCCGGCGAGGAAGGAAAGAAGGGAUCGAUCCAGUCAAACUGCGGAUGAUCAUUACAUACAGUUACAGACACAACGGACACGACGACUGCCAUGGAAAAAUAUCGAACCAAAUAUAUGGCUCCUUCUCCUGCCCUCUACUUCUUCCUCACCUGCUCAUCACUUCUGCUGCUCUCCCAUUCUCAGAACACUCUCCUCCUCGACGAUGGCAGCUUCAUCUCAUCCCCCGGCAGGACUUUCCAGAUGGGUUUCUUCAGCCCCGCCGGCUCCCAGAAACGCUUCUUCGGCAUAUGGUACAGCAUCAUUUCCUCCGGCACCGUCGUCUGGGUCGCCAACAGGGAUUCCCCGCUCGACACCACUUCCGGCGCUCUCCAGCUUUCCCCCCAUGGAAAUCUCCAACUCCUCAAUUCCACAAACGGCACCUCCGUCUGGUCUUCCAGCAUCGCCAGGGCCGCCGCCGGAGUUCCGGCGGCGGCGCUUCUCGAAUCAGGCAACCUGGUGGUCAAAGAUUCCAAUGGCGACUACAUCUGGCAGAGCUUCGAUUACCCCUCCGACACCGCCCUGCCGGGGAUGAAAAUGGGGAAGAAUUUUCCGGCGGGACUCGACAGAGUCCUGACGUCGUGGAAAUCCACCGGCGACCCCGCCGCCGGGAGCUACUCUUUCCUAAUGGACUCUCACGGCUUCCCUCAGCUCUUCCUGACAGGCGGCGGCGGCGCCGAAAUAUUCCGGUCAGGGCCCUGGAACGGCGAGAGGUUCAGCGGCGCGUCGGGGCUGAAGCCUAAUCCAAUCUACACCUUCGACUUCAAGUUCGAUCAGGACGAGGUUUACUACAUUUUCAACCUCGUGAAUGCAUCAGUUUUCUCCCGCCUGGUUCUGAGUCCCAUCGGCAUUCUGCGGCGCUUCACUUGGAACUACAAGCAGCAGGAAUGGACUACUCUGAUCAACGCCCCGGCCGAUAAUUGCGACUACUACGGCCUCUGCCACGGCAACGGCAUCUGCGACAUAGGUAAGAAUCCCGUCUGCAGUUGCUUGGAAAGGUUCAAGCCAAAGGACCCGAGCGAUUGGGCCGCCGCAGACUGGUCGAGCGGCUGCGUCCGGAAAGCGCCGCUGAAUUGCAAGAGCGACGGUUUCGUUAAGUACACCGGCGUGAAGCUUCCUGACACGAGGAACUCUUGGUACAACAAGAAUAUAGAUCUUAAGGAAUGCAGGGAAAUGUGCGCAAGAAACUGCAAUUGCACGGCGUAUUCGAAUUUGGACAUUCGAGGGAAGGGGAGCGGCUGUCUGCUCUGGUUCGAGGAUCUUAUGGAUAUGAGAAGUUUCGGGGAGAACGGACAGGAUAUCUACGUAAGAUUGGCUUCGUCCGAGCUAGCGUCGUCGGGGCGAAGAAUGACGGUGCUACGAGUGUGUCUAUCGUUGCUCGGCGUGAUUUUUGUCUCCGGCCUUGUCGUGGCGUUGUUCAUGUGGAAAAAAAGGCGCGCGAAGACGAAGAUGGUACAAGGGCCACAAGAGGUAACUCAGGAAGGAACGUCAGGGAGCAAUUCAGGGCAUCCGCGCGGCGACGAAGGCGAGAAAGAAGAUAUGGAGCUGCCACAGAUUGAGUUAUCCUCUGUUCUCGAGGCUACCGAUCACUUUUCAUCGCAGAACAAGAUUGGAGAAGGCGGAUUCGGGCCUGUUUACAAGGGCAUGCUGCGAGGGCGGGAGAUCGCUGUCAAGAGGCUAUCGAAGCAAUCGACGCAAGGGCUAGAUGAGUUCAAGAAUGAAGUGAUCUUGAUCGCCAAGUUACAGCAUCGAAACCUCGUUAAGCUCCUUGGAUGCUGCAUCGAAGACGGGGAGAAGAUGCUGAUCUACGAGUACAUGCCGAAUAACAGCUUGGACACUUUCAUAUUCGAUGAAAGCCAGAGGAAAUCGCUCGAUUGGCCUAUCCGAUUUCGAAUCAUCAACGGCAUUGCUCGGGGGUUACUGUAUCUUCAUCAGGACUCCAGGCUGAGAAUCAUCCACAGAGACCUAAAACCGAGCAAUAUUCUGCUCGACGAUGUGAUGAACCCGAAAAUCUCGGACUUCGGCAUGGCGAGAAGCUUUGGAGGGAACGAGAGCGAGGCCAACACGAGAAGAGUCGUCGGUACAUAUGGCUACAUGUCGCCGGAAUAUGCAGUCGACGGCCACUUCUCGGUGAAGUCAGAUGUGUUCAGCUUUGGAGUUUUGGUUUUGGAGAUUGUCGCCGGGAUGAGAAACCGAGGAUUCUUCCACGCCGAUCACCAUCAUAAUCUCGUCGGUCAUGCGUGGAUAUUGCACAACGAAGGCCGGCCGUUGGAUUUGAUCGAUCCGUGUUUGAGCACGGAGUCGAGCCAAUUGUCGGAGAUAAUGAGAUCGAUCCACACGGGGCUAUUGUGCACUCAAAAGUCACCGGAAGAGCGGCCGAGCAUGUCGAACGUGGUUCUGAUGCUCGGGAGCGGAGGGCCGUUGCCGAGCCCGAAAGAGCCGGGUUUUUUCACAGAGAGGAAUGUUUUGCAUGGGGCGGAGUCGUGGUCGAGCAAGCCGACGGAGAGCUCCGGCAAUGAACUCAGCAUCUCAAUAAUGGAACCACGGUAGCAUCGGGUCGGGGUCGAAGUGUAGUAGUUAUUAGCAAUGGAAGGUCGUUCAUAUUUGGUAGCUUUCAUGGCUUGAUCCUUUUCACCUUUACACACACUAUAUUAAUAUCAUAUCACAUAUUCUUUUUCAUGCAAACACAUGAACCUACUUCAU